AUGUGCCUGCGGGGCAAUGUCGAGGGCGUGCGCGAGCUGCUCGCCCGGCGCCUGGUGGCCGACAUCGACGCGCGCAACACCCACGGCGACACCACCCUCCACUACGCGGCGCGCAAGGGCCACGACGAGAUGGUGCGGCUGCUGGUGGCCCACGGCGCAUCGCCAGCGGUCGAGGGUCGCUUCGGCACUCCGGCCCAGGCGGCAAUCGAGUUCGGUCAGCACCACAUCGCUGAACUGCUCCGGAGCCUGGCGCGCCCCACCGAAGACGGCGCUCAACGACUGGGCCUCCACAGUCUGCCUCCGGAGGUGGUGGUGCACGUGCUGUCGUUCGUGGCCAACGCGCACGACCUCUGCUCCCUUUCCAUGGUGAGCCGAGCGUUGGCGGCGGUGAGCCGGGACGACGCCCUGUGGAAGCCGCUCGGUCACCCAUCGUGGGCCGAUCACCUCAGCAGCGAAGGAGGAUGGAAGGGCGCGUACAUGAGGUGGCUGCGCGCUGCCGUCUCGCAGAAACGCGACACCCACACUCUCCCACUCAAGCCAUCAACACCUGGCGACUACCUGGCCAAAGUGGUCAUGCAAGGCGACUAUGGCGCAGGAAAAUCGGCAAUCAUCCGCCGCUACGCGCGUGACGAAUUCGAAGCCCAUCAUUCUCCGACCUUCGGCGCGGCCUUCGAGCGCCGCUGUGUGGAGUGGCAUGCCAACAGGAUCCAGUUGCAAUUGUGGGACAUGAGCGGGCAGGAUCGGUACAGAUCGCUCUCGCCGAUGUACUUCCGUGGCGCGCACGGCGCGGUGGUGGUCUACGACAUCGCCAACAGGUCGACCUUCGACAAGGUUGGGCGCUGGCUGGAGGAAACACGCACGUACGGACAAGAAGGCUUGGUCGUGGUGGUGGCGGGCAACAAGACCGACCUGGCCUCCUCGACCAGACGCGCUGUGACCGAGCUCGAGGGCAGGCGGAAGGCGGAGGAGCUGGGCGCGCUGUUCUGCGAGUGCUCGGCCAAGACGGGAGACGGCGUGGCUCACGUGUUCGACCUCCUCGUGGGUGGCCUGAUGGGCGGCUGGCAGCGCGUGGCCCACAUGGCGACGCCGGCACACGUGCCCAGCGAGGCCCUCCUCGCCCAGCUCUUCCCACACGCCACCGCCGUAACCAAUAGCAGCGCAGGCGCCAGCACGCAGCAGCAGCCACCAAGGUGUGCCCUCCAGUGA